GCAUGUGCUCCUACAACUGAGAAGGAUUCAGGGAGCCUGCCUGCCUUGCUGACUUAUCUGAUGCUUUCUUGUUUCUGUUUCAGCAUUCAGGAUAAAUCCUUCAACACGACAGCUUUAGCAGAGUGUGGCGGCGAUUCAGACUCUGUACAUCAAGAUCAAGCAGGCAGUUCCAGCCCCAGAGAUGAUGAUAACAAAGAAAAUUAUCCAGACAACACUGCUGUCUUAGCGGAAAGGCAGCUGCCUCUGCAAGACACUCAGCAGCACGAGCAGCAGGCUGUAAUUGACUACGCUCUAAAGCCUGAAAUGGGUAACUUGAAGCUGAGAAAACCUAAGCCCAUUGCAAAGCUAGAAAAUGGAAAAAGCCAUGAGGAAAGUCAGGAGCUGGAAAGUGCGUUGCCAGGCCUCCCAGAGUGGCAGGGGAAGGCUGCAUCCUCAGCUAAUGACUAUGCACAGAAUGUAGCUUUAAGAUGCCAGGAAGCAGUUGUGAGAUUUCAACCAAGAAUAGAUCAGAACACAUGCAUUUCACCAAAAGAAGCAACUGAGCAAUUUAACAGCUUAAAUGAGAAUUCUUUGUUGAAGCUACAAGCCCUAGAAACCGAUCUGUGCUCUGCAUUUCUGCCAGCCCAGGAAGAAACAUCUCAGCUGCCGGCAUCCAAGGAUCCAGCCCCUUCAUCAGCCCAAACCAGUGUGCAAGCUGAUGGAGCCAGCUGUGGAGAGCCUUUGCCAGCUCACAGAGACUGGCAGAAUGACAUGGACAGCAGCCCACAAGAACAUCACUCCCUAGGGACCAGUCGACUGCUGUAUCACAUUACAGAUGGCGACAAUCCUCUUUUGUCACCACGCUGUUCUAUCUUCAGCCAAAGCCAGAGAUUUAAUCUAGACACAGAGUCUGCCCCUUCUCCACCAAGUGCUCAACCUUUCAUGAUGCCAAGAAGUUCUUCUAGAUGUAACUGUGAAGACUGCAAAGAACCACACACAGUAGCACAACUUACCAAGCAUCUUCAGAGUCUCAAGAGAAAAAUUAGGAAGUAUGAGGAAAAGUUUGAGCAAGAAAGAAAAUAUCUGCCUUCUCAUGGUGACAAGACUUCCAAUCCUGAAGUUCUGAAAUGGAUGAAUGAUUUGGCCAAAGGUCGUAAGCAGCUCAAAGAGCUGAAACUAAGAAUGUCAGAAGAGCAAAACUGUACCUCUAGAGCACCCCAAAGAAAUGAUCAUAGCGAAAGCACUGGGACCUCUAAAGAGGCUGGGACACAGGAGGGCACAAGCAUGGAACCAGCUCCCUCGGUAGAAGAAACCAUGGACAGUGUAUUGAGACGAUUAAAGGAGAAAAGACAACACUUUAAUCUUCCUGAGACUAUUAAGGUAACUAAGCAAGAAAAGAAUCUCAUGAAACCUCUUUACGACAGAUACAGGAUUAUCAAGAAACUUCUUGUAACUCCAUCUUUGAUCACAACAAUUGAGGAGGAAGACUCAGAUGAAGACCAUUCUCAAAGCAGCCAUGAGCUAUCAUUUGGCCCAAUACCUUGCCUCCCUGUUGACGAGCACCUGUGUUCUGUUCAGGAGGAGAGUGAGCCUGCAUAUGUUUCACCUCUGGACGAAAAGAAGGUUUUCAAGCAAACAGCCUUGUCUAUGUCCAAUUUACAUGAGGCAACAAUGCCUGUUCUCCUUGAACAUCUCAGAGAAACAAGAGCAGAUAAGAAAAGGCUUCGCAAAGCUCUGAGAGAGUUUGAGGAACAAUUCUAUAAACAGACAGGAAGAAGUCCUCAAAAAGAAGAUCGGGCGCCAAUGGCCGAGGAAUACUCCGAAUACAAGCACACAAAAGCCAAAAUCAGGCUCUUGGAGGUUCUCAUCAGUAAGCAUGAUAUUUCCAAAACGAUUUGAAGUGAAUGCAAUGCUGUGGUAUUGUUCUCUAGCAAAAAAACCAAACAAACAAACAAAAAAAACCCACCACCACCCCCACCCCCACCCCCCCCCCCCAAAAAAAAAAGCCCAAGCAAACAAGUAAUGAAAAAGAGGAAGUAAUUUUACAGGUCUUGGUCUGCUGCACAAUUAUUUAACACUCUGAGAUUUUUUUUGAUGCACUUUACCAAUUAUACUAGCUGGGAUGAGAGAGGACAGCAAUAUGCAAGAACAUUAAGCACAGGUGAGUGGACUAUAGUAUAUUUUUCCUUUUGAAAAAGCCUUGAAGUGCACUGUGAGAAUGUUAGAAAUUAAAAGGAUGCUGAUGUAGUGUAAAGCCUCAGUUUAACCUGCUCUUAGCUUAAAAAGGUGUGAGGAAAUACUCUCCAGGUUUUUAGUACAUGAUAAUGUACCACACACUUCUUAACAGAAUUGACAUGCACUAUAAUUAUUAAUGUUGCUUCUCAAUGUGUGAUAUUCACUAGAUUAAAAGAAACAAGAGCAUAAAACAAAUGAAGGAAAAACUCAUGACCAUACUCUUAUCUUUUGAGACAGAGGUGCCAUUCGAUUCCAGUAGCUUCAAAGAACCAGGAUUUGGUCUAAAAUUCUGGGAGUAAAAUAAAGUAGUGCUGCCUAUGCAAAAAAAAAAAAAAAAAAAAAAAAAAAAAAAAAAAAAAAAGAAAGAAAAAAUAAAAGGAAGGAUGGAUGGAAUGUGACUGCUGAGUAAAACUAUUGGUUUUUUUUUAGAAAUAAGAGAAAGAGUUUGACAAAACAAAAUAGAUAGAUAGAUACAGUUUACUGGGAAGAGCUAAAACAAAUGUACUGGCUGCUGUCCUUUUCACUACAGUUCACAGGACCUGGCUCACCGUACAUAAAAUACAGUAAAUAAAUCAACUACAUGCUAAUUUUAAUUUCUGUAUUAAAUUUUGCACUUUAUUUUGCCUGAUGCUAUAACUUUUGCUUUUCUAAGUACCAAAGCUCGUUUAGACGCAUGCACUUUGUAAAAUGUCAAAGUAUUUCCUGUGUUAUAGAUUGCUACAUAUAUAUAUAUACAUAUUAAAAAAGGCUAGAUAAUUGCAUUAUGCUAAGAUAUUUUGGAUAGAUGAAGUACAUGGUAUAUAAUUGAGUGUCACAGUUAUCUGAUGAGGAAUGCUAGACUUCUUGUUUACUAAAAAUAAGAUUAUAAAAGGUUAUUUUUCCAUUGGAAUUAUGCGUCUUUCUUAACUUUCAGAACACCACACUUUGUAAUAUUAAGAUUUUUUCACUAUUUGUGAUAGACCAUUUGUGUGAAAUGUGGACUAUUAACAGAAGGAUUAUCAGUGGCUUUUAUACUAGGAAUGAAAAGCAGGGAUUCUGGAAAAUAGCCCAGACAUAAAGGAAGUAAGUAUUUAAAAAAAAAAAAAAAGGGACU